AUGUAUGUAGAGUGGCGACACAAGCGACAGUAUGGUCCGCCGCGCGCUUACAGCAUCACCGAAGUCACCACUCGGCCGUCGCAGGGCGGCGGCGCCGACCCGGCGCCCACCCCCACCGGCGUGGCCAGCUAUCAGGGCUACCCGAUCCCGGCCGCCCCGCCCAUCGAGGCCGUCGACCAGCAGCUGGUGGCGGGGCCGCAGCCGACGUACUUCCAGGCGGAGACGCCGCAGCCGCAGCCGACGUACUCUCAGCCGGGUACUCAGGAGCCUCAGCCGACAGCUGCGGCGCCUCAGCCCACGUACUCCGAGCCCACAGUGCCGGCGCCUCAGCCCACGUACUCCGAGUCCACAGCGCCGGCCGCCGCCUCCGGGGCUUCUGCUCAGCUUCGGCCGCAGCCACUCGGAACUUACGGCGACGCCUUCUUCGGAGGUGAAGCCAGUGCGGCGCCGGGCCGGCAGCGCCAGCGGCCCGGGCCCCAGCCGCAGUACAGAGAGCCCGGUCUGGGCGUGCCUGGCGACGGUGGCUUCCUCAUGCCCUGGAACGUGCCCUCCAACAUCCAGAUGGCGCUGCGGGACGGACUCCGACCCGGCUGGUAGGCCGGACUGGUCGAAGACGUCUCCGCCGGAGGCCGGGUGACAAUGCGGCUGCAGAUGGCGCCCUUGUCGGAAGAUAGGUGGCAGCACUGCUAGAAAGCCACCGGCGCUGAGCGGUCAGAUUGGCUGAAGAUCAUGACGGAAGCAGACAGCUUGCGCGCCCAGCUGCUGGAAUGCUGAGACUGUAUCACGUACUGUGUCUUAGAUGUUGUAAGCUGUCUGCUGAUGCGUGUGGAGCUGGCCACAUGCCCGUGGCAGAUUACCGGGUGCGGCGUUUAAGACGUUACUGAGCUUACCCUUAGAAGUCGCUGGUGAAAAAAGUUUGCGCAAGCUCCGAUUAUUAAAUAUGAUGUAAGAUAAUGAUUGUGCUAGUUAAGUUAUGUGAUCGAUCAAAACCCACCAAUUGAAUCAGACCUUUGCUUUCAUGGGGCUCAAAAUAACGUACUUGUUCCCUACUUAUUAGUCAACUACAAGAACAGAUUGUACGAGCUCUGGUCCCCACCUGGAGUCACCGAACCCACGAAGGUGUGUGCCUUCGCCCCAAUAGAAUGCUCGGCCUGCACUGUGUGCCUUGGCGCCAAUUAGUUCACAGCAAAUAGUAGUAUUGAAGACGGGAUGCGUUUGUCGACACCACCUGACAAGCAGAGACCUCUGGUGGUUGUCUCCGUCACUCAACAGCUGUAGGCGGACACAGACCUCUGAUGGCUGUGUCUCCGUUCUCCAGCAACAGUAGUCUCCACGUUGUCGUGUCGCAGUUCGCGCCCGCCGGCCGAGUGUCCGCAGUGUUUUUGCACCGCAGUGCUGACACGCAUGUCCGUGUUCUCCAGUCCUCAAAGGCGCGUGAUUCGGCGCCGUAGCCAUGGGGUGCGCUUCUGUAUCAGUGAAACUGCAUGUCUGUAGCCCCGUGUACGCCAACAGCCGCGGCCAUGUGACAUGUGACAUGUGCCAUGUGUGUGCGGGAGCGUCAGGCUGCCCCCUCGCCUCCCCCUCCCCCAUGGCUCCACCGCUCCCAUGUCUCGCGGUGGCACGCGUACUUCGCUCAAGACGCAGCGUAACAACGUCCGCGCCGUAUUCCGAAUCGUCUCAAAACAUCAUACUUUGUGAGAGGUAGCUACAGCCGUUAGUGCAGUCGUGAGCCGCGGCGAUGGUU